GGCGUCAUCAGCAUCAAUACGAUUUUUCCACUCGUUUCGAAAGCGCUGUGUUUUCAACAUUUCCCUCCUUGUUUGCGUUGUCUUUUAUGCGUUUUAGCUGGUGUUUAACUUUGUUCUCAAUUGUUUGAAAGUUAAGGUUCACUAAAUAAUGAGUUCGAAGAAGAGGACUGCGUCACAACGAGUAUCAAAAGGGAAUCGAAGUCUUCAUUCUCAAAAUGGUUCCCUAGCGCUGUCUCCGGCUUCAACCCCGUCGAGCGCUCGUGUCACCCCAGAUGAACUUACAAAUUUGGUUAACAACGCAGUAUACUUUAUACUGGUUGCUGAUCAGCACAAAAGAACAAUCACAAGGGCAGAUAUUGUGAAGAAUGUUUUGAAGGACAGUUCAUGUUCAUUCGCCGAGGUCUUAAAGGAGGCACGGAGAAAGCUUGUUCACGUGUUUGGCUACGAGCUCAUCGACGUGAAAGAGAAACAGGGCAGCUACAUGUUGGUCAGCAAAAUGGAUGUCCCAGAUGUCAGUCAGUUUAUAAAAAAGAGUGACGAAGACUAUGCAAAACAAGGCUUUGUUACGCUCGUUCUUUCCCUUAUCAUGAUGAUGGGAGGCUGCGUUGAGGAAGGAAAACUUUGGAAUCUCCUUGCUUCGCUGGGUAUAAUGCUGAACUCUCCAGAUGCAGUCUUUGGGAAUGUGAAGAAGUGGGUUACUACGGACCUGGUGAAGCAGCUGUACUUGGACUACAGCAAGGUUGAUGGCUCUGAACCCACCACAUACCAGUUCAAGUGGGGCCCACGAGCGCGAAGCGAGGUCCCCAAGAAGGAUCUUCUGGACUUUGUGUGCGAGGUUCACGGUGAUGGGAUGCAACCUGAACAGUGGCUGUCUGUGUUCAACGAAAUAAAUGAAGAAGCUCAAUCAAAAAGUCAGUCAAAAAAGUGAGCCCGGUGCAACAUGUUUUGUACAGUUCUGCUUUUUGUCCCUGUACCCUUCACGAGUGAACUCAAUGCGGAAACUUUUAUACCAUUCACCCUGUGUCACUAGGUAAGACCACGGUCAGGCUGGCUCACCAGUGAAUUUCAUCGCAGCAAAUUUUAUUUUACCCCACAUUAAAAAGUUCUUCAUACUUUGUGUUCAAGUUUAGUGUGACAUUAAAUUACUAUUUAUGCAUC